AUGGCGCUCCCGCUUCCCAAGUACGUUGCAUUCAGGGACCGUGAUCUUAAGAAGUACCUUCAAUACCUUGAUCAUGGUCCAGUUUCGGGCUCCCUACAAUACUCUUCUGAUAACAUGGUGAGCGUGUAUACAAAGUUCGAGUUGGAGCCAGCCAAGAGCGGCGAGAUCAAUUAUGUGAACAUAAGAUGCUGCUACAACAAUAAGUACUUGGCCUCCUCCAAUGAUGACAAAUAUUUGGUGACUCCCUUCGUUGACAAGCCUAAAGAAGAUGUUAAGUCAUGGCCAUGCACAUUAUUUAAGGUCGGCAACUAUAUUUCUAGUGAAGGAUAUUACACAUUGUUCGAUGUCUGGCGACAAAGAUUGGUUUGUCCAUGUAUAAACAGCAACAAUUAUGAUGCUUGCCUCACAACUAGAUAUGGCAGCAAUGAGGGGAAUGUCCAAAAAAUCCACCAAUUUAUUGACUUUGAAGCCUUGCUCGUGCUCCCCAAACGAGUGGCGUUUAAGGGCGACAAUGGAUUGUAUCUCGCUGAGUAUUAUUACAAUGAUUGGGAAUAUAUGCAGUUCAAUUGUGAUGACAUUGGAAGCUCGUAUGUGAGCCACCAAGUGUUCACCAUGGCUGAUGGGAGCAUUCGAAUCAAGUGUGAAAAAUCGGGCAUGUUUUGGAGGCGUGACCCAAACUGGAUCUUGGCGGACUCAUCUGACACGACGGCUAACGACGUAAACACCUUGUUCUGGCCAGUCAAGGUUUCUAAAAACACCGUGGCGCUUCGCAGCCUUGCCAAUAACAACUUCUGUAAGAGACUCACUGCUGAUGAUAAGGAGGAUUGCCUCAAUGCUGCUGCCGAAACUAUUACUAAGGAAGCAACACUAGAGGUUGUCGAGCCUGUUAUUUCAAGGGAGAUCUACAAUGUGCAGUAUCGAACUAUGAAUGCAAGGAUCUACGACGAAAAGGUCGUGUCGAUGGCGACUGGCGACGCUACCAACGGCGGCACGGAACCGACAAGUAUGGAGAUAGAUUUGAACUACAAAAAGGAAAAGACUAAAAGUUGGAAUUCCUCACUCACCAUGAGUUUGGGUAUAACGACCUCCGUCAAAGCUGGCGUUCCUGGCAUUGGAGAAGCUGGAAUUGAAACAACAUUGAGUUUCAGUGGGACUUACGAGUGGGGAGAAACGCUUAGCACUUCCGAAGAAGUCGGGACAACGUACACUGUUAAUGUACCAGCACAGACGAGGAUGAAAGUGACUCUUCUUGCAACUAUGGGCACAUGUGAUGUUCCAUUUUCAUACACACAACGAGACGUUCUUAGGUCAGGGGAACAAGUUAUUACAAAUUGUGAUGAUGGUGUUUAUAUUGGAGCCAAUUGCUACAACUUUAAAUAUGAAAACAAGCCUCUGCCUCUCUCAUCACCAUGA